UAAUAAAAUGGGUAUUUUUUAUGAAUAAAGUAUUAUUGAUAUCAUAACUGUCAGUUGAUUUUAUAAACUUAGCUGAGAUAGGAGCUUGUCCGGAAUAAAAUAAGAACAAAAACAAAAUGAUUAAAUUAUUAAUACUUUUAAUUGCAGUUGCUGAAGUAUUUACUCUAGAAUGUUAUAUUUGUGAAAAUUUCGAAACAGCACGCUGCUUAAAACCUGAACAAUAUCAAGAUAAGUUAUUACGAGAAUGUGGACGUAAUGAAACGAAAUGUGCGCUGCUGGUGGAGAAAACUACCGAUAUUUCUCUUAUAAGAAAGUGUGUAACAGUUAAUUUUAAAUGUGAUAUAUCAAAAUACAAUUGCGAAACAUGCGAAACGGAUGCUUGUAAUUCCGGCAAUGAAGUUAAGAAACCAAUACAAAAUGUCGUAACUGCGAACUUGGUUAUGUCAAAUAUUUAUCGAAUAGGCGCCAUUGCUCUGGUGAUAACAGUACUAAUUAUUUGGUGUGUUAUUAAAAUAUGUCAGAAAAAAGAUGAUAUUGAUUAUGAGGAGGAUGAUGAUUGUGAUGAAUACUAUGAAAAUGAGACCAAUAUUGAUUUGGAUGAAACAAGCAUUGAGAAAUGCUAAAUAUGUACAUACAUACAUACAUACAUGCAUACAUACAUUCAUAUGUACUUCACCUCUAGAUAAUGAUCUCAAUGUUUAAUUUAAAAUAAAUUCUUAUUACUAAGACGAUUCAUA